AUGUCAACGCCUUCGCCUUCAUGUAGAGAGGUUCGCGUAGCCAUUGUGGGCUCUGGCCUUACAGGUCUUGUCGCUACCUACCUCCUCACCGCCCACCACCCACUCUCGACCUCCACGCCAGUCAACCUCAGCGUUGAGAUCUUUGAGCGAGCUGCCACGCUUGGAAUGGACAGCGCCAGCAUCUCGGUGCCCUUGCCUCUGACACCGUCAUGUACACCUGCAUCGCUUCCAACUUGCUCGCAUAGUGCACACCAAAACCCUCGUGGCGACAACGCUACUUGGCAGCUACGCUCGCGCAAGCGGCCUACGCCGAUGAUCGCUGAUCCUCACUCGAGUCAACCGCACUCGUUGCGCAUCGACGUCCCCAUGCGUGCCUUCACUGCCGGAUACUAUCCCCAGCUUCUGGCUCUCUAUCGCCAUCUGGCAAUCACGACCAAAAAGACCAACUUUACCUACUCGUUUGCUGCUUUACUACCCUCUACCGUUGCCACAUCUUCGUCGGCUUCGUCCUCAUCAUCCUCAUCGUCUCACAGCAUCGACCCGUCUGCGCCGACCAGCACGUGCGCCCCAUCUCCCACCGUCCUGUACAACGGCGCAAACGGCCUGCGUGGGGUCGGCAUUCCUGCUGAUCUUGGCCGUCUGCGCAUAUCGAGUCCAGUCAGACUCUCGAGCAUCUUGGACCACAUUGAUCGGCUGCGUGCAUACUUUGCUUCACUCCUCUUGCUCGUCCUUGGCUAUCUGCAGCUGCUCGUCGUUGCACUUUGGCAUCACUACCUCGGUCACACUUGCGAUGAUGCGCAUCCGCUGCGCACUUAUACCCUCGGCGACCUCGUCGUCAACCCUUUUCCCGUUCGAUCGCCAUCUCCAUUGCCAUCACCCAAACACGCUCGUCCGGCGUUGCGAGCGCGACUCGGCCACUUGAUCGAGACCGCAGCGGAGCAC